UUUCCUGCGGCGAGAAGUCAAAAUUUGUUUUCAAACUCGAUCAGUGACACAUCACAACAGGCAUGCAUGUAAGUAAAAAUACAACUAGUUUAAGAUAUAAUUUCUUUCCCAUAAUGAUAUUUCAAACCUCCAAAGCUGCAGAUAUUGCUUUUAUCAGUCAUAGGGCUUUUUAACAUAAAACUGAUCUAUCUAUAGCAUGUUUCAAUCUGGUAGGGUAAUUUUGUUUAAUUUUCCCAGAAUCAGCAAAGAGUUUAUAUUAGAGUUUUAACUUUCGGUUUGAACCCUGCGCCAGCAUAAAACUGAAUAAUAUAAUGUCGAAAAAAUCGGCUAAAUUAUAUCACAUUGGCUUUCUCCUUUUUAUAAGUCCAUGCGUUGAACCGAUUACUCCGAUAGAUCUUUAAAAUCCGGCGAAACACGUACGUCAAAUCGUUGUUUUUGUUCAAAUAUAAUUGAAAUUCAACAGGUUUAGUUACUUGAAAGGAACAGACAAAUCGCAAUUGGAUGUUAAUUUGGUAUUACAACUGAACUUAAUAAAGCCAUAUAUUGUUACAUAAAAUGUUGCGUGAUAUUUGAAAAGAAAGCCAGAAAGAUUUUUUAAUGAAAAUAUAUGAAACUGGAAUUUUUUAUUCAAACUCUGUCCAAGUGACCACCUUUGGUGCACAUGACAAAGUGGUCGCUUACCGGAGGCGGUAGCUUACGAGAAGUGUUCGCUAUGAGCCGGAGUUGUAUUUUUUCCCAGCGAUCAUAAUAAUCAAAUGCUGCAAAUAGGCUCUGGAUGAGUACAGUUGACUCCCGAUAACUCGAACCCUCGCUUGUAAACUCGAACCUCCCGCUAACUCGGCCCAAAAUCGAUUUUCCCUGGAUUUCCUUCAUACAUUUAAUGUAAUUUUGCCCUCGGUAACUCGAACCUCCCGCUAACUCGAAGUAAUUUUUUGUUUCCCCUCAGAUCAUUUCUAUAUAAAUUUACCCUCGAUAACUCGAACCAUGUUUUGAGCGCUUAAAAAAGUAAGAAAAAAAAACAGGGUACCUUCGUCCGAAACGUUGAGUUUGAAUUUCCCUUUCAGUGUUGUAGGCAUAUAGUUUCACUAGUGGAAGCUGAGGUUGUUUGUCACAAAUCUAACAUGAAACAGCUUUUAAUACUAUUCAGAACAGUAAAACGCAUGCUCUAUUUAGGCUAUGUUUUUUACGUUAGAUUCUGACUGAUUUAUAAUCUAGAAGUAUCUUUCAAUUUCACUUAACGUUUCUACAAUUAAAUGUGGUUAAAAUGUUCACUGUACAGUAAAAACUGGUUUUUCCCUCAUUCCGGCUUCUUGCUUUGAGCGCCCGAUAACUUGAACUUUUUUCGAUUUCCCUUGAAGGUUCGAGUUAUCGGGAGUUAACUGUACAACUGUAUACCAACACAACAUAAUAAACAUUUGUUGCCAUGAUCAGGAUAAUAUACAUUUGCCAGUAAGAAAUCCGCACUUAGUUGCAUAAACUAGCACCAGAGCAAGAGGCAGGGGCACCCAACGUCAAUUUUCGGAAAAUAUCUGUUCGGAAGACGAUUUGAGAUCUAGAAUUUUCGGAACAUUUUUGUAAAAUUUCUUGCUUGCCUACCUCUCCUAGGAUUUCCGAACAUCUAAAAAAUUGUAUAAUGCCCCAUUUUUAAGGGAUUUUUAUCCUAAAAAGGUCACCUAGAAUUUUCGGGAGCCUUUUUUCUGGCUCAAAGUUUCGAAAUGGUAAGUUUUGAUCCCUACAAUUUUCGGAUCACUAGACUUUCAGCUAGGAAAUUCGAACAGAUAAAAAAUUUUUAGGGGAUAAAAAUAUACCUAUAUAUCCCUAUCCCCUGAAGAGGGGAUAGUUGAGUUGUAAGCUAUUUGGGUCUUAGAUUACUUCACAUAUGAUGGAAUGAUGGCAUAAGUUAAUUCGUUAGUUAAAGGUUUUACUAUUUCAUCUUUUGUCCUGUUACCAUACAACCAGAGGACGCUUUGUCUAUGUACAAAGAAAAUAAUAUUUUUAUUUUUUUCUGUCCUUUUGCUGCCGUUGAUUUGUUAAAAAUUCCAAUAAAAUUAUCGUAAUAAAUCAUAAAACAUUCAGUGUCGACAAGUGCCAUAAUAUUAUGACCUCUUGGUGUCGAUCGUUCAAGAUAUUGAGAAAAAUACAACGCCAAAGCAAACAGUGUUCAAAAAUGAUGUAUUUCUGGUAAACCGGUUCUUUGAAGGUUUUUUUGUUCGAGUCUUUUUUUUACACACACUACUUACUCGAAAAUACGAUUAACACGAAAGGGAAAGCCUGGGCACACUGUAAAUUCAAAUUGUUCCCUUCAGAUAUUUUUCUCGUCUUAUGCCGGGGAUUCGUUUUACAACACGAGGUUCUUCUGUUUAUACUUUAUUUUGCUCCUGACAGAUAAGGUCGUGAAUUCAAUCAGUGCUAAAACAAGUUUACUUCAUAUACAGUUAUUUCUAGACUAGAAAGAGACAAACCAGUUUGGUAUAUAGCAAGAGUUUCUUCAAUUGAAUGAGGGCGUUUAACGACGGUUCUUGACUUAAAACCUGCUGGUUUAGUUUAUUUCUUCGGCCUAGCUGUGCAAUUCGCUGAAGUCCUUUAUCUUCUUGACUAUAGUGUCAUUUAUAGUGUGAAAACAGGUUUUGCCUUCACAAAAGGGUAAACUGACGAACGAGGGAAAAAUCUAAAACUCUCUGGGAAAGGCCUUUUCCUGGGGACACUCGCUGGCUGCGGGAAGGUACGGAAUCUCUUACGCCUGCUGAAUACCCUUGAGACAAUGAUCACAACAGAGACUAUACUGCGGGUACAGUCACAAACAUAACCAAAGAAAAUCUUACAAAACAUCGGUGUAAAUACUCUAAGUUAAUGACGCGAUACAGAUUAGGUCAUGUACUAGUUUUGAAGACUAAAUAUAAUUAUGACUUGACAAAUAAGUUCCCGCUCAAUAAAUCAACAGUUUGUUUACGGCUUAAAGAAGUUAAGACUAAAGAAUAAAUGAUUUCUACAUUGGUUUUUCAUAUUUUUAUCAGCGAAAGCAAAAUAACUGAAUAACAAUAAAUUAUCUCUUCACAAUAGUCAUUUAGUGAUAUUGGAAGAGAUCGCCUUGGAAACAAGAUUGCCAAACAGGCACCCCUUUAUUCAAUGUAUUAUGAAGUGCUUUCAAACAAAGGAAAAAACUAAUCGUGAUAUUAAGUAACAACAAUUGAACAAAACAAUGGAAUAUACUUUGAAAGUCAAAUAAGUUUGCUUGGGUUGACAACAAGAUUGAGUCAUAAGCCAUAAAGCAAAUAAAUUAACCCUUUCGUUCUUACAGGUAAGAAGAGUUUUAUAUUACGCCAUAUACAAAUAUGCACAGAAAUAUGCACAGUAAAUGCAUAGUUCAGUUGAUUUAAAAAUAUGCCAUUAUUGAUAGCGUAAUGGCACACACAUUACUUAGUGUGUUAACCGUUUUACUUGACCGAGCAACACUGAACUAUAAUCAUAAGACUUUUAGCCGUCAAGAACUAACUCGUGUCGACGAGCUCACUUGUUCUCAAAAUGCGCUUUGGUAGAAUAAACAAACAAAAACAAUUACAAAUAUAUCAAGUGUUCUCUUUGUGGGGAUGUCUAGACAAAGGCCAAUAUAUUGUUAAAUCGAUUUUUUAAAGUUCAAGCCAAAGCAGAAUAGCAGAGUUUCAUUCCACUAAUUGAAUCUCUGAUGAGUGCGCAACAGGAGAAAACUUAGUCUGUUUAGCGUUUAUUCUGAGCAAUCUUCAGCCGUUUUCUUUCGUUAAAACUUCAGAAACUUAAAAAAAACUGCUUUUAUAAAAAGGAAUAACUGCUGAAUAGUUCGCCAUAUUAGCAUCUUGAAACAUGGUUGAACAGUCAAGAAUUGAUGACGCAGACGCCUUUUUCCAUUUGGCUUGUACUUUGAACCGCACAUGCAACUGGUUACAUGCACUUUACCAACCAUGACAAACGCGGUGAUAUAGUUUUGCGCCUUUAAAAAACAAAGAUUUAAUUGCAUUUACCGUCGCACGGAACACACUUUGACCGGUGAUCCUGGUAUCAUGCAUUGCGCGCGCAACAUGCCGAUCAGUCAGCUAACAUAUCUGUAGGCUGCGCUAAUUUCCAAAAUUAAUUGCAGGCUCUUUGCAAAUACAGGUUGUGAGUACAGUGUAAAAUAAUUCAAACUAGUUUUUUUUCCUGUCCUUAUUUAUGAGCCAGAAUUUAACCACUGGAUUGCGAGUAAUUGUGUUACCCCUAUAAAUUAAGUCUUUUAAAAAUUCACGUAAGCCUCUCGCUGUUUAUUGCAUGUAAUAAACUUAUACUAAAUCAGGAACUACUUCUAGAAGUUACAGCUACGCAAAUAACUUUCUUUUGGAGUCAAAGAUUAUUUUACUGAAAGAUUUGUUUCAUUUUCCUUAUUCAGAUAGCAAAUUUCCCAGGCUUUGCUAGAACAACAUGAGUCGUCGAAGGCGUCUAAAGGAGGACAUAGGACUUGCACCACUGUCUAAGAUGUGUGAAAACUGCCCCAGAUACUUGUACAGCUUCGAGACAGUAAGAGAAACCUGGAUUCGCGAUUGUCAGAAUAAGGGCAGACAGUUCCAUGAGCGAAUCAAAUACUACUUCAAAUUCUCUCUCAACCGUCAUUUGAAAGACAUCAUUUUUGUGAUAGCCUAUGGUGUAGACCAUUGUGCCAGAAUCUUUCUUGAUUUUAAGGCUCAUUGCUUUUUGAAGGAAAAAGUGGAGAAGGCCAUUGAGCUAGCAGACCAACUUUCAAACGUUUCUCCAAUUAUGGUAUCGAGGAAAACUCCUCAAAUAAUGAGAAUUUUUACAUCUUUAAAGGAAUUCACCCUUUUCGCUGAACAACUUCGCAGUAAAAAUCGUGCCAUUUUUCGACAAAGGCAUGUCAAUGGAGUGUACGUGUUGGAGAGGAUCAGUGACGUUAUGGAAUUAAAACAACCAUCAUUUUUAGCUUUUAGCGCGAAUAUCUCUGAGUAUGACCCAACCCAAAUAUGGCAAAUUGGAUGUGUGGUUUUCUCACUUGAAAGUCAGAAAUUUGAAGAAUCAUAUCACUUUUGUCACAGUUCAAAAGCAGAUUUCCAUGUGGUAAAUAAAAACAAUCUACAACAAAAUCAAGAUCAAUGCACUUCCUCAAACGAAAGCACAAAAGUUUUGAUCCUCAAAGACUUUUUGUUAAAGUUUCAAAAGGAUAUUUCAAGAGUAGAUUUUCUGGUUUCACAUUCAAUGUCUUUAAAGGGUGUGCAAGAUUUCCUUAGAAAGCAAGGAGUGGACGCCGAGGUCAAAGAGGCAAUCGACACUCUAUCAAUUCAUUCUGCUCUGUUUUAUGAGUCUAGAAAAGAAAACAGUAUGGAAGAGAUUCUCAAACAACUGGAAAUCCCUUUCGAAAGUUGCCAACUGCAGAACGCGGCAUACAACGCUGUUUACAUAGCGAAGAUGUUGCGAGCUCUUUUGAGUCAGGAAUUUUCUAUAUGUCUUAGCGUAUAA